UGGUCAUAAUUGGUUUUUAAACCCUAGACCUCAAAAGGGAUCUUGGGUACGAAUUCCCAAUUUCUUUGAAAAUCCUAAACCUCAGGCUAAUCUAAAAGGGUUGAGAUUCUGGUCUGGGCUUCGUGAAAGCAACGCCACCGCUAAAUUUAGAAGAGGGGCAGAUUCUCACAAACUUCAGUUCUUACUACUACAAUUCGAAUCCCAUCAUCUUCCUUCUCUCAUUCAUCCGAUCACACCUAUCCCAACUUUUCUUGCUCUAGCAAAGUAUAAAAAUGGAGGGAACUGUGUUCACCCCUGCCUUGGAAGGAAGUCAGCAUGUCAAAUCUGAAGCCGGGGAGAUUUUGACCAAGCCAUUCUUGGAAGCCUGCAAACAUAUUCUGCCUGUUAUUGACAAGUUUGGAGCUGCUAUGGCACUUGUUAAAAAUGACAUUGGAGGGAACAUAACGAGAUUGGAGACCAAGUAUUCUAGCAAUCCAGCUGGAUUCAACUACUUGUAUAACUUGGUGAAACCUGAGAUUGAAACUAAAACUGCAAAAGGAUCAUCCAGUUGCACAAAUGGUCUUCUUUGGUUGACAAGAGCAAUAGAUUUCUUGGUAGAACUGUUUCGCAACUUACUGGAGCAUCAGGAUUGGGCAAUGUCUCGUGCCUGUACAGAAGCCUAUGGCAAGACCUUGAAAAAGUGGCAUGGUUGGCUCGCCAGUUCAAGUUUCAGUGUUGCCAUGAAGCUUGCUCCUGAUCGUAAGAAGUUUAUGGAAGUUAUAUCAGGCAAUGGCAAUGUUGAAGCUGACAUAGAUAAAUUUUGUACAAGUUUUUCACCUCUUCUCCAAGAGAUUCACAAGUUUCUGGCUAGUGUUGGCAUGGAUGAUCUCAAGGCUUCGUGAGAGACUAGUUGCUGAAAAUGAAGAUGAACUUCUCCAUUAUAUUGUGACUUCCUCUUUGCGCUUAUAUUGAUGGCUUAUUUGAGAUCCCUUUUUAAUCUUAUUUUCUUUGAUUCGAUAAUCUUAUGUUUCUAUUAUGUAUGUGCUUUUGCUGUGUGCCAUAUCACAACUGGGGCUCAUCAACAUUUUUUAUAUUCUGAUUUCUGACGGGAAUUUGAAUCUUGUAAAAACCUCUUUAAAUACCUUUGAGUCUGACAUUUAUAUAUUGGAAAGUUAUCUUUUAUCAUA